AUGCAUGAUUUGCCGCGACUUUUCCCGUUUCCAGCAUCGUUCAGUCCGAGACUAGAACUCACCCUAGCCAAUGGCUCCUCGUGGAUGAAUCUAGGCGGGGCGAAGCCACCAUUGACACCUGAAGACUUUGGCCGCAUCUUUGACGAGUUUCUGGAUAUCUCACUGUUACCAUUCGAGACUGGGUUGUAG